AUGGUGAGCGCCAGAAUCGUCCUCCUCCUCGUCGCCCUCCUCUGCGCCGGCGCCGCGGUUGCGUCGUCCUGGGAGGACCACGACGACCACGGGGGGCACAAGUCUUGGCGAUGCGCGCGGCGGUGCGAGGACCGGCCCUGGCACCAGCGCGCACGGUGCGUGGAGCAGUGCAGGGAGGAGGAGCGUGAGAAGCAGCAAGAGGAGCGGGCCGGCAGGCACGAGCACGAGCACGAGCACGGCCGCAGCGGCCGCCGUGGCGACCGGCGCGGCGAGGGCUCGUCGGGAGAUGAGCGUGAGCGCGAGCGCGAGCAGGAGCAGGGGCGGCGGCCGUACGUGUUCGACCGCCGCAGCUUCCGCCGCGUGGUCCGGAGCGAGCAGGGGUCCGUGAGGGCUCUCCGGCCGUUCCUCGAGGCGUCCAAGCUCCUCCGCGGCAUCCGCAACUACCGCAUGGCCGUCCUAGAGGCGAACCCGCGCUCGUUCGUCGUGCCCAGCCACACCGACGCGCACUGCAUCGGCUACGUCGUGCAAGGCGAGGGAGUGGUGACGACGAUCGAGAACGGCGAGAGGCGGUCGUACACCAUCAAGGAAGGCCACAUCUUCGUGGCGCCGGCCGGGGCCAUCACCUACCUGGCCAACACCGACGGCCGGAAGAAACUGGUCAUCGCCAAGAUCCUCCAUACCAUCUCCGUGCCUGGCGAGUUCCAGUUCUUCUUCGGCCCCGGCGGGAGGAACCCGGAGUCGUUCCUGUCGAGCUUCAGCAAGAGCAUCCAGAGAGCUGCUUACAACACCUCAAGCGACCGGCUGGAGAGGCUAUUCGGGAAGCACGGGCAGGACAAGGGGAUCAUCGUGCGCGCCACGGAGGAGCAGAUCCGCGAGCUGCGGCGCCACGCCUCGGAGGGCGGCCACGGCCCGCACUGGCCCCUGCCGCCGUUCGGCGAGUCGCACGUGCACGGCCCCUACAGCCUCCUGGACCAGCGGCCCAGCAUCGGCAACCAGCACGGGCAGCUCUACGAGGCCGACGCGCGCAGCUUCCACGACCUCGCCGACCACGACGUCAGCGUCUCCUUCGCCAACAUCACCGCGGGGUCCAUGAGCGCGCCAUUGUUCAACACCCGUUCGUUCAAGAUCAGCUACGUGGCGAAAGGCGAGGGAUCCGCCGAGAUCGUGUGCCCGCACCACCACCAGUCGCAGCAGGGCGGCGAGAGCGAGCGUGGCAAGGGCAGGCGGAGGAGCGAAGGAGGAGGAGGAGGAUCCGAGGAGGAGGAGGAAGCCGGGCAGGGGUACCACACCAUCCGGGCUCGUCUGUCGCCAGGCACGGCGUUCGUGGUGCCCGUGGGCCACCCGUACGUGGCGGUGGCGUCCCGGGACAGCAACCUCGAGCUCGUGUGCUUCGAGAUCCACGCCGAGAAGAACGAGAAGGUGUUCCUGGCCGGCGCCGACAACGUGCUGAAGAAGCUGGACCGGGUGGCCAAGGCGCUGUCGUUCUCGGCCAAGGCGGAGGAGGUGGACGAGGUGCUCGGCGCGCGGCGCGAGAAGGGGUUCCUUCCUGGCCCGGAGCAGGAGCAAGAGGAGGAGCGCGGAGGACGCCACGGCGGCCGUGAGGAGAGGGAGCAAGAGGAGGAACGCGAACGCCGCCACGGAGGCCGUGAGGAGAGGGAGAAAGAGGAGGAACGCCAUGGACGCCACGGCGGCCGUGGGGAGAGGGAACAGGAGGAGGAACGCGAAGGACGCCACGGCCGCGGCCUGCCGCGAGGAGGCGGUGGAGACACUCCUGGGGAUGGCGACCGCCAGGAUGUGAGGCCGUCGCGCUGA